GGUAGAUUUGAGUGAGGGAGGGGGGGAGAGAGAGGGACAGGGAGAGAUGGGUUGCUUUGAUUGCUUUGGUGGAGUCGACAAGGAGCAGCGAAGGGAAGAAGAAAGGUUAGCUUCUCUCGAAGCUCGUUCUAAAGCUGCCGAAGCCGCUCAGAAAAGGCAAGAACAGUUUGAACAGAGUGCUGCAGGAAGAGCUGCACGUGCUCAGGUAGCAGCUGCUGCCAAGCAAUCUGCCAACUCCAACAAAGGCGAACCAGUGCUUAAGUGGCAGAUGGGAUGAGCGAUUCAGGUUUUCUCUACUUAAGCAUCAAUCGUUCAUAGUUGUUGGUUGGACUAGCCCCGUUGUGUGCCAUUCACUAGCCCCUUUGUUCCUGAAGCAGUCAAAGUUGUCGGGUGUACAUAUCUCAAUUAUAAUCAAAUAAAUUUUUAUGUAAUGUGAAGGGUAAAAUUAAUAAAUACUCAUUAAACUUUAAAGUUGUAAUUAUUUACUCAUUGAAUUUUAAAUUAUAAUCAGUUACUCACUAAAUUUUACUCAA